AUUGCUUACUUAAUCUCAUGGGCAAUGCAAACUCAUCCUCAAAAAAUUCACGAAAAACGCCAUCUGAAAACGAACAAAUCUCACAGAUAAUCAAAGCGACAUCUCACCAUGCAACCAAUGGCAAUCUCAAAAAUGUCCCUCGAUUUCUGAAACCUUUGGCCAAAACCGAGAAAACAGUACAAAGACAUUUGACGAAAAAAAGAAAUAGAAAAAACAGUAAAUUGAAGCACAUCGCGCAAUUAAUGCCCCCCACUCCAAUCAUAACAAAAGACAUGUCAGUCACGCCAGUUAGUGAUAUAUAUCCCACAAGCUAUAAACAAAAGUGGAUUUAUGAAAGACAUUUCUCCACAAUGGAGGAUGUUGAUAGAGAUCGGCUACUUCCAACAGAUAGCCCUGAGCUUGAACGAAACCGAAUUCAAUCAUACAUAUUCAAUUGGGCAUUUUCGGGAAACCUACUAGCUCCUGUAGAAAAUGAACUUAUCAAAGGGGGUGUAAAAGUUAUUGACAUUGGAUGUGGAAUAGGUUCAUGGGUCGUCGAUAUGGCACUUGCUUAUCCAAAGUCCCAAUACGUGGGGAUAGACCAUUGUGAUAUUUUCUUGGCAGACAUUGAACUUCCUAUAGACACAAAGCAUAAUCAAGAUCAAGUCGUAAAUCCAACUCACCUUCCACAAUUGUCUCUAGAAUCAAAAUCAGAAGAUGAGAACGAUGAGUUAGUUGAAGACCCAAGCGACUUUCAUUCCGAAGUUUUGAGCCCAAAAUCAUCCCAGGAAAUGUGUGAUACUCCUCACGAAGGGAAUGUCAUAUUCCAGGUGUCUGAUGUCCUUGAGGGGCUAUAUUACCCAGAUAAUACCUUUACUCUUGUAAAUGUACGACAAAAGUCCCUCGUUUUCACUAACAACCAAUGGGAAAAAGUCAUGACAGAGCUUCUUAGAGUAACGAAACCCGGUGGUUACAUUCAAAUACUUGAAAGUGAAAUUAACCUUAAAAUUGACAAUCCUUCAUAUAUCGUCAAAGAAGGCAAGAGAGUCUACUAUCCUUUGCUCUUCCGUACAGUAAUCCAUAAAUUGGUACUUCGAGGCUUCAAUAUUGAUAUCAGCUCAUAUUUAAACCAACUCUUGGAUUGUGCAGGGUUUAUCGACAUUGGCACCCGCUAUGUAUCUAUCCCAAUCGGAAGUUGGGGGUUUGAGAUAGGCAUUAUUAAUACUUUUAUUUUAUUGUCAGGAACGUUGUGGAAACAGAACCUCGCGUCUUUGGUCGAGUCACUCAAACCAAGUAUAUUACCCGGAAUAGAAUGUACUGAAGCUGAAUGGGACCUUGAGUGGAAAACAGCUCUUCAGAAGAUGGAAGAUGAAAUGAAAUUUACAAACAUACAUGUUGCCUGGGCUCGUAAACCUUUGGAAAAUGAAGAAAAGUCUCCACAUUGGGAAAAUUGUGAUAUAUUGAACACACGUUUAUCCUAUCUACCUGAAGUAUACAAAACAUCUUAUGCUAAGCCCGGUCCGGAAAAUAUAAUUACGCUUGAAUCUGACAAGAUCUCAACUGAGGUUACCGAUACACUUUUAGGAGAUGUACCGAGUUCUCUGGCUUGA